UACAUUGGUUUCUGUGAAGUGAAGUCUGUUCCAUAUUUCAUUUCAGCUCUCACUCACAAUCCCAAAUUAUCUAGGAUGUAAACUCGUUGUUAUACGUUUACCUUAUUUGGUCAAGAAUCCUUUGACACUACAGACUGUCACUUAAUUGUUAUUUGUCACGAAGAGAAACUGAGAAAAAAAGAAUGACUUCUCAAGGACAAGUUCCAGUCAACUGUGUGGUGAAAUCCCCUGUCCAUAUCAAAAUUGGUGAUUAUAAAACUGAGUUCCAUAGUGGAUGUGCCAUCAUGGAUAUCAAAUUUCCAAAUGUUUUUCGUGUCGAGUCUAAGCCCAUUAAGUGGGAGCAGAUGAUCUGGGAUGAGUUAGACAACAUCCGGGUCGGUGAGAUUGUAUUCAGAAACUAUUACACAGCAAGUGUGACUGUGAAAGCCCGAGAGAAGGGAACUAUGAUUGAUGGAGCAGGUACCAAAUGGCGGACCCUGGUUCGGAAUAUGACUCUGAUGCCAUAUCCUCACUGUGAGGAGAAUAGCCAGAGUUAUUUUACUAUCAAGAAAAAACAGAUGCUGUUCGAUCCAGCUGGUAUCAACGGUUUGAGAUUCAUUCUCAGGCAGCCUUCACCUGUUUGGAAAGAGUUCAAACUUGAAGAAGUCAAGAUCUACAAAAGCACAUCUCAGGACUUACCAGACGUUCACAUCCCGCCUUGGGUCAUAAAACAACUUGUGGACAAGGACAAGGAUGAGAAAGUCGAUGGGGAGGAUGAGGAGGAGGAAACCAAACAUAGGACCAAAUCAAAUGAGAUCAAAUACAUUGAGGGUGUGCCCCAUAUAGAUGUCGUUACUGAAGGUUUACAACAGCUGUGGGCAAUGACACAGCAAGUCAAAGCUGCACAGACACGCACUGCCCUUGGAAGAUAUGAUGUUGAUGGCAGCUACGAGAUUAACUUGUUGUCCUAUACGUGAUACUAGUCAGAGGUCCACUAAGAAUGAGACUUGUGUUAGAAAGCGGGUUUCUGGGACUAGAGGCUCUUUGUUCGGAUCAAGUAAUGGACUUUCAGGGUCAUCAGAGGGAGUUGAAGUUAAACCUGUCCCUGGGCACACACACACGAGUCGGCGUCUCAUUGUUUAUGGUGUGGCCCUCUAAUCACUUGGCCUACAUGCAGUAUAGAUGUACGUAUCACAUGUAUAGGCCAGGACUUGUAUGACUACAAGUCACAGUCAUGUCGUGGUUCAAAAUCUCCAGAUUCAUUCAAACUUCUGUCCCGUGGCAAUACUGAAUACAGCAAGAACAUGUUAGUUUACAAAUUUUAUUCAAUGUAAAUGUACAUAACAGACAUAGUAAAUUAUUUUGUGAAGAAUGAAUGUUUUGACUAUUCAAUAAAGAAGAAAAUGUCACAGAAAUCUGUUGUCUUGUAUUUAGAUUCAAGUACCCAGUUCCUGAUGGAUCUAUCUACUCAGCAAGAUCAUACUAAUAGGGUCAUCUAUGAAGAGGCACUUGCGAAACUCACAAUUACAGUGAACACAACACUUUGAAAGCAUUCUGCUCUACUCCAUGAUGCAAAAGUAACCCCUCACUUGACAUGCAGUCCAGAAGAGGGGCAGCCAUCCAUCCAUCGAGAAGUAGACUUACUGCAAGAAA